AUGGCCGCAGCGACCGGAACACUUCCUUUCAAGGUGGAGGGCAAGACUGCAUUGAUCACAGGCGCUGGCUCCGGGAUCAACCUUUCGUUCGCCGAGCUCCUCCUAAGUCGCGGCUCGAAUGUGGUUAUAGCCGACAUCUCCUUGCGCAAGGAAGCACAAGAGCUAGUGGACAACUACUCUUCACCGGAUGGACCGCGGGCAGUGUUCGUCAAGACAGACGUGACGAUAUGGUCCCAGCUUGAGAACGCCUUCGAUGAGGCAGACAAGCAGUUCGGCAGUAUAGACAUUGUGUGUCCCGGCGCCGGAGUGUUCGAGCCACAUUCCUCCAACUUCUGGAACCCUCCUGGCAGUGACAAGGCCAAGGACCCAGUCCACGGCACCGAGAAGGAGGGCAUUGGCCAUUACUUUACCCUGGACCUGAACCUCACCCACCCUAUCCGGGCAACGCAGCUCGCCAUAUCUCGCUUCCUCAACCCAGCCGAGAAGGGCAAGCAAGCUUCCGUCACGAACCCUAAGCGAGUCGUGCACAUCAGCAGUAUCGCUGGCCAAACACCAGGCUUUGCUACUCCAUUGUACCAAGCAUCGAAACAUGCCGUCUCUGGCUUCAUCCGCUCGCUCGAACCUCUCGACCAAUCCCUCGGCAUCCGCGUCAAUGGUGUAGCUCCUGGCGUGAUCAAAACGCCUCUGUGGACCGACCAUCCCGAAAAGCUGCAAAUGCUGGUUGAAGAGCAAGAUGAAUGGGUUGCUCCAGAAGAGGUGGCAGAGGCUAUGUUGAGGUGUGUCGAAGACGAUGACAUUGGAGGCGGAUACGUUAUGGAGGUCACUAAAGGCCAAGCAAGAUAUGUUGACUGGAAGAUGGAUCCAGGUCCGCAGGGACCCGGGGCUACUGCUAGUGGACGAGCUACCAUGACCAAAGAGGUCUUUGAGUGGUUGGCUCAGCCAGGUUGGGGCAGUACGAAGUGA